AUGACACCUGGUGCUCAACAAGCACUUCGUCGUACUAUGGAAAUUUAUUCCAAUACGACGAGGUUUGCUUUGGCGUGCAACACGUCAAAUAAAAUCAUUGAACCAAUUCAAAGUAGAUGCACUAUUUUAAAAUAUAGUAAAUUGUCGGAUAAAGCAAUAUUGAAGAGGUUGACAGAAAUUUGUAAACUUGAAGGUGUGAAGUAUAAUCCAGAAGGCCUCGAAGCUAUCAUUUUCACCGCCGAAGGGGAUAUGCGUCAGGCUAUCAAUAAUCUUCAAUCAACGUUUACAGGAUUUAGUUUUGUCAAUGCUGAAAACGUUUAUAAGGUUUGCGAUCAACCGCAUCCUGCCGCUGUAACAAAGGUUCUUGAUGAUUGUUAUAAUUACAAAGUGGAUGAAGCGUUGACAGGUUUAACUGAACUUUGGGAAAAAGGUUACAGUGCGAUGGAUAUUAUUACAACAAUGUUUCGUGUAGUGAAAUUUAAUAAUGAAUGGCAAGAGGGACUAAAACUAGAUUUUAUAAAG